AUGCGAGCCCCAGCGAGGGAGCCGCAGGGCGGCCUGGGCCCCCCCUCAAGCCCCGGACAUCCUCUGGACGGAGCCGCCCAUGAGAGCGGAUGCAGGAUGCUGCGGCCAGAGAGCUCCCGGGGCGCCGAGGAGGGGACUGCCACUGGGUCCCGGCGCGGUGACUGCAUCAUCUGCUACUCAGCCUACGACCUGGCCGGGCACCUGCCGCGCCGCCUCUACUGCGGCCACACCUUCUGCCAGGCGUGCGUGCGGCGGCUGGACACGGUGGCCCACGAGCAGCGCUGGGUCCCCUGCCCGCAGUGCCGCCAGAGCACACCCACGCCCCGUGGAGGGGUGGCCAUGCUGGACCUCGACCUGGCCGCCUUCCUGGCUGUCAGGGCUGAGCGGGAGCCGCCUCGCGUGGAGCCCCAGCGUCCCGCGCCCCCCAAAGGCAGCACCGCUGUCACUCAGCAGCCAGCCAGGCUCCGCCCCACCUUGGGCACCCAGCCCCACUUCCCCCAGCCCAGACGCUGCUGCAGCUGCGGCCUCUGCUGGGACACCCUGGACAGUCCCCAGGUCUGA